AUGCCUUCCAUCGCAAGCAAUCCCUUGGCUGAGGUUGAGGCGGUUGACAUCUGGACCACUCCAUUCUUGCGCCCUCCCCCCGGAGUCACGCCAAACUUUAUCAAUCCCGCCUCUAGGGGCCCAAUGGUCCGGGCAGUAAUGUUCUCAAUACUUCCUAUCAUGGUCUUAUUCGUAGGAUUCCGUAUCUACACCCGGUUGCGUUUGACACAGUCGGUCGGCGUUGACGAUUAUCUCUGCCUCUUAUCUGCAGCCACCGUCAUCGCAUUUUCAGGGCUUAUGGUAUCUUACAUGGACAACCCAGAAGGCAGACAUGGCUGGGACAUUCCACUUGGAGAAGUUGUUAAUAACCACUACUGGAUAGAGGCAACCUUUGCUGCACUUCUUAUAUACACCUUGAGCAACAUGUUUACCAAACUGACUCUCCUCACGCUAUAUCAUCGUAUUUUUAAGCGUGCUGUCUGGUCGCUCAGGGCUAUUUGGCUCGGCAUUAUAACUGUUGUCCUCUCUAGCCUCGCUGCUUUCGCCGGAUACAUCGGCCUCUGUGUUCGUUUUGGCCAGCCAAUUUGGGAAACAAUGCGAGAGGUACAGUGCUCUAACCAAGUCCUGUCAAUCUACAAGUUUCAUGGAUGGUAUGGCCUCAUCUCAGAUGUUUAUAUUUUAGCAAUACCAUUGUGGCUUGUUUGGGACCUCAACUUGCCGCCGAGGCGCAAAGCUGCCGUGUUGGGUGUCUUCUCGACAGGGCUGGCGUAA